AUGAGCAGCUCCGUCAACGAACUGCCGCAAGCCGUCACAGCUGUCGGGACGCUCGGCGACGUGGGCGCGGCCUACGCCGUCUACGAGAAGAACUGGCGAUGUGCCGACUGCAGCCACGAGAACUACGCGCGCAGCCGGCGCUGCUUCCGCUGCCGCGCGCCCAAAGUCCAUCGCCCAGACGCGCUGGUCGUCGACAGUGUGGGCGACCGCCACACGUGGCGCGAGGCGCUCGACCCGACGUCGAACAAGAUUUACUACUACAACAUGGAUACGAAUGUGACGCAGUGGGAGCGUCCAGCAGAAAUGGGCGCUGCACCGCACGCCACGGGCUGGUUCGGUCGUGGCAAAGCCGGCGCGACCGAAGGCGAUCGGUACGAGGCACUGAACGCUACGUUUCUGUCCCGACCGGCCCGGAAACAACUGGACGUGAUGCCCACGGCCAACUCGCAGCUCGAAGGCGCGUACGAGUACAAUAUCUGGUACGACAAGUACAUUGGGGACCACUGGAACGACGCUCGGGGCAAGGAGCCCGCCGCCACGCGCUGUGUCUUGGCCCUGGACGCUGGCAAGACCAAGGCCGAUGUCGUGAGCAAAGCCAACCGGUACUUUUGUGUGCACUUUGCACGGGGUAUGUGUGCGCGGGGCGCCGAGUGCACCUACUACCACCGACUGCCGUCGGCCGCCGAUGAGACGCGGAUCGGCAUGAUGCACGACUGUUUUGGCCGCGAGCGUCAUGCAACGGAUCGAGACGAUAUGGCUGGGGUCGGCAACUUUAUGCGGAACUCACGGACGCUCUAUGUCGGUGGACUCAAGUCGUGUAGCGGACGAGAAGCACUAACGGCACAGAAAGAAGCGCUGACCAAGCAGUUUGGCGAGUGGGGUGAAGUGGAGAACAUCAACGUGAUACACCGGAAAUCUAUCUGCUUUGUGCGUUACCGCCACCGAACGAGUGCAGAGUUUGCGAAGGAAGCAAUGGCGAACCAAUCGCUGCAGAGUGAUGAAGUGCUGAAUCUGCGCUGGGCUUUUGACGAUCCGAAUCCCGUCGCCAAACAAGCUGGAGAGCGUGCAGAUCGAGAUGCGAUUGUUGCUGUGAUGCAGUCCAAAGGCGCAAGUACGACGGGCGAUGCAGCGUUUGAUUACCCGGAACAGUAUCAGCUACCUGCGCCUAAGCGUCAGCGGCUCGAAGGCGAUACGAUUGCGUCGUAUCCCAACACCGACACGCAGUUCGCUGCUGAUCAGAAUAAGAUUGCAAGCAGUGCUACAACUUGUGCCGCUGCCCUUGAAGAAGAAUUGUACGCACAGUUGAGCUACGCCGACCCAAGUGGCAAGGUCCCGACGGACGAGCCUGAAAAAGGCUCGAACGAACAGGAGUAG